AUGAUGACGAUUUGUACCUACAAUGCACACACACUUGCAUCCGAGUCCUCGAUAAAAGACUUGCUCAUGCAAGCAAGAGGGAUAAGGUACGACGUCAUCGGCCUGGCUGAGACGAGACGACACCACCCAUUCAACGCCGUCUAUGACACCGGUAAAGAACUGCUCCUCGGAACAUGCGACAGUAGAGGAAUCGGCGGCGUCGUCGUUCUCGUCAACACGGGUUCCCAGGAAGAUGCCGUUGUCGACAACAUCUACGAAGAAUACGAUCGGCUCACUCAACACCUUCACGUUAGCGCUAUGAAAGCUGAGAGUUCGAAAGUUACCAAGAGACGCCUGUAUCCAGAAACACUCAAGCUGAUACGCCAGCGUGGUAUUGCACGAGCUGAAGGCAACUGCGAACGAACGUCCGAACUUGCAAAGCAAUGCAGACAGGCGAUAAAAGAAGAUCUUAGAGAGAAGAGUAGCAGUAAUGAUCGAAGCUACAGAGGCUGGGAAAGCAUUCGCAUAGCCCACCGAAGCUUCGCCAAUUACAGGACCAAGAUGAUUGCACUCCGACGUCCAGACGGAACAGUUACAUCGUCGAAAAAGGCAGUGGAGAAAAUCAUUCACGAAUACUACUCAGAUCUCUUCGAUAGCUACGUCCACCUUCCGUCAUAUGAACUAAAUGAGGAUGGAUAUGUUGUACCACCGAUUCUCCCUUCCGAAAUCCGACAUGCCAUUUCGUCGGUAAAAAAUCGAACAGCACUAGGUCGGGAAAUCAAUAUGAUGAACGACUUAGCUCCAUGGCUGAGCAGAAGGGAACGAGCGGCUUGGGGAACUUUCAAGAGCAUCAAGAAUAUGGUGAAGAGGACAAAGAACACCCGACUCCGUGCCCACCUUUUCGACUCAAUGGUAGUUCCUGCCCUAACGACUCGAGAAGUUGACAGCUUGGUACAUCAAAGGCAAUUUGCUGCAUCUCUCCAAGGGUACAUUUCAGAAUAUCGAGCAGAGCUGAGUAUGUAUCGACUCUUCAAUGAAAGAGACACUGUAAAAGCUGGAAAUCUGGAAAGCAAUGUGGGACAUGCCGCGUUUAUCGUCGAAGCACAAAAGCAAGGUAGAAGGCGGAAUAAAGUGAUGAUGAGGUCAGCAGCAGACUCUUACCUCUUAAUCGCGAAAGGACUUAUUUGUUCGACCGGUGCUCCACUUCACUGGAUUCAACUCAGUGCGACAGCAAUAACCAUAUGGCGAGAAGGUCCAGUUGUGGAUCAUCGACUCGAUUAA